AUAGGUGCGGCAUACUGAGUCGUUCGAUCGAACAAAGCUCUUGUGUUGGGCUUGGCAGAAUUUUGUUAGUCUAAACAAGGUUUACUUAUUUGUACGUUACAAUAAUACAAAAACAACAAUGGGUCUCAAAGGUUGCGAAGUGUUAUUGGACAAUCCAUGGAAUACGUACUACGCUGGACAAACUGUCAAUGGACAAGUCAACUUCACCUUUGACUCGACAAAAAAAGUACGAGGCAUUAUCAUUCGAUUCUUGGGGGAAGCCAACACAGAGUGGACCGAGGAGAAAAAUGUAACAACGAGCGAAAACAAGACUGAAACAGAGACCACGAAUCUGACGGGACAUGAGGAGUACUUUAAAAUACAAUAUUAUUUGCUGGGCGGCAAAAACAGCCCAGAAACCGAACUGCCUGCAGGCACUCACACUUAUCCGUUUACAUGCGCUCUGCCGCAAAAUUUGCCAUCCUCGUUUGAGGGUGAAUUCGGACAUGUGCGGUAUACCAUUAAAGUAACGCUUGAUAGACCAUGGAAAUUUGAUCAAAAUAUGAAAAUGGCAUUUACUGUUAUUGCGCCAGUCGACUUGAAUCUCAAUCCGCGUGUAAAGGAACCGUCUAAGCUCGAUUUGGAAAAAUCAUUUUGUUGCUUUUGCUGCCGCUCUGGUCCGUUGGCCGUCAUCACAAGCAUACCACAAACUGGCUACGUUUCGGGUCAAAUGUUGCCCAUCACCUGCGAGGUGGACAAUGCCAGCAAUGUGAAUCUGACCUCUGUUAAAUUUGAGCUGCGCAAACUCGUCACGUUCCGUACGAAUCAGCCGCGCAGUGAGAAGCGCGAGGCAAAAGUGAUAAUUGCCCAGCUGAGCGUUGGACCCGUUGAGGCCGGACAAUCGAAUUCGUAUAGGCAGCAAAUUACAAUACCUGCUCUGCCCCCAACCAAUUUACUCAAUUGCGGCAUCAUUUCUUUGGACUAUGACUUGCACGUGGAGUGCGUUGUUAGUGGACCACAUAGUAAUCUCACCGGUAAAGUGCCAAUUACACUUGGCACAAUACCACUGGCUUCCGUACAGCCACUGUCAGAUGACCCAUCGCUGGCUCCAACACAGCCGGUUAGUCCAGUCAGUCCACGUGGCGGUGGUGGUGCUCUCGGCUGGAAUGUUGCAGAUAGUGCUGGCGGUGCACUUUAUCCAAAUAUACUGCCACCGGAGUUUGUGGAAACAGAAUACCGUGCACCAAUCAAAACCAAAGGCGACGACUCGGACCAUACACAAAUCAUUGGGGGCAACACGUUUGCUCCGCGUUAUCCAACCUUUCAGUUCAACAACGCUUCAGCCCCAGCAAUGAGUCCCUAAUUCAAUCUUAGAAUAACUUUAAAUCCAAGUGUGCUUCAAAUUUGUUUGAUUCGUUUUCGCUAUUCGUUGUUUAUAUUGCGGUUAUAUUAUUUUUGCAUAUAUUUGCAAGCUUUCCGUCCAAAAGGAAGCAUAAACAUAUUCGCCAGCACAAAAAUAUCAAUUCAAUUUUGUAAUCUCAAUUCUGUAAGCCCCAUAUACUUAUGUAUGUGUGUGUUUGCCUUUGCGUUAGCUAUAUAGCACAAAUGAAAAACAAAAAUAAUCUCGUGAUAAAAUAUAUACAGCAUUGUAUCUAAAAUAAAAUCUCAUUUUAAUUUUUGCAUUGCUCCUCUUUUCUUCAAGCAUCGUAAUCUUGACUUUUAGUAAUAAUCACUUCAGUUGCCCUUACACUUUUGACGUCAUUUAUAAUGAGUCUUGGCAUGGAUGGAUUGACGAAGCAGAUUUCAUUUAAUACAUGGUUAUCUGUAAAUAUAUGCAAUUUUUUUUUUCUUUUAAUAAAGUUGUAUUUAUAUUUUUUCAGUCUCAGUUUGUAACUGCGUAUAUGAUUUAGAAGUCCAAUGAUACAAUUUUUUGGGAAAUGCGAAAUGAAAUAAAUAAAUAAUAAUGACAUAUAUAUACUUUAUAGGCUUGUCAGCAUCAAUAUGAUACACAGUGAUGGGAAAUUAUAAUAUCCUCUCAAUUACCAAAACACAUGUGAAUUUCCUGCAUUUGAUUGAUUUUAUUAAUUAUGUUUAAAAUUGUUCGAUUUGGUUCUCAUUUUGGAAUUUUAUGUCGAUUUCUUGAUUCAUCUGCACUUGUAUUUAAGCCUGUUCAGUCUGAUUUUUUGUUGUGAGUGCUUUUAUAUUUCUCGGACUCAAUCCUUCGUUCCUUACGUAUAGCAUUUGCACCUAGUCCUCGCUUAGGCAAAUCCGGCGAAAUAUAAACAUCUCCUCCUAACUCUUUUCUACUAGAUUUAUUAACUUUACGUCUAUUAUUGUGCGGUUUUUCAGAGCUACGGGCGUUGUAGGAGGUGGAGAUGCCUCUACGACCCUUAAGAAUUUCGUAGAGAUAUUCGGUGAAAUUCGAUGGUUUUGGGUAUACUCUCUUACGUUUUAUUGCCUCACGUCUGCUAUCACUAUUGUUAUUUUUCCUUUUGGGCCAUUCAUCUUCAAUCGAUUUAUUUUCAGUUUGAUCUUGAUUACUUAUCAUCAGUGGUGUUUCACUUGCAACUCGUUUGUCUCCUUCUGAAGUCGAAUUAUAAAGGAUACCAUUUUUUAUAUUUUUUGGAGACGAUGUUGAUGAAUGAUUUAGCUGCGCUAUGACUUCGUUAUUAAGUCUAACCGACGCUUGUCUUAUCUGGCUUAAGAUUUUACUUGCAAAUUGAUCUUCACCAUCCAAAGUGGAAUUAUUAAUGUCACGGACUGUUGAAUUGUCUUUGUAUUUGAUUUGGCUUAAGGGACCUCCGUUUUCUUUCGCUUCGGUAUUGGAACUCUCCACUUUCGCUUGUUGUUGACUAGUUGCUGGUAUAUUUUCAUCUCUUAAUACACAAUUAGUUGGUAAGUAAUCUUGAGAAUUGUACAUUUUAUCGCACUCAAGCCUUUCGGCAUACCAUUCUUUGCAUAGCUUUGUUAGUGCUUUUUCCAUUUUUUUUAGUCUUUUAAGCUUAGCCAUUUUUUGAUG